UCUCCAGGGAUUUUACAAACACUUGCCGUUUGAAUGUCGAACAAAUCACUCAUCUACAAAUUAAUAGUUGAAAAAAAAAAAUAAAUUAAAUUAUCUGUGAUAUAAUUAAAUCAAGUGAUACUUAUAUUAAUUGUGUUAUAUUAAUUUAGUGAUUCAUAAUGGCAUCACAUCUUGGCUAUAAUUAUGAAGAACGUAGUCAUCAAAGAAUUAAUGGACGUCAUAAAAGUAUAACUAUACCACCAAAACCAGCAGAUUCAACUGUUUGUUCAAGUACGUCUUAUUAUGUUGGAGGUAGUAGUGAUAUUAGUGAAGAAGAUCUUGCUGAUUUACCAUCAUGUGUCUAUGCUGGAAGAUCAUUAUCAUCAACAACAUCAUCAUCAUCACAGCAUGUUACUCAUUCACAUUCCCAUCAUCAACAUUCACAAUUGCAUUAUCACAUGCCAUUGUCAAAUCAAGAUCAAAAUGACAAUAAUGACAUGGUGAAUGGUGUUGAAGAAGGCUACUAUCCAAAUGGUAGUCCAUACAGAAUUCAAAGACAUGCUGCUAAUAUUCGUGAACGUAGACGUAUGCUGAGCAUAAACUCGGCUUUCGAUGCACUAAGGGGCCAUGUGCCAACAUUUCCAUAUGAAAAACGUUUAUCUAAAAUUGAUACUUUACGUUUGGCAAUAGCAUACAUUGCAUUGUUAACUGAAGUAUUAAAAGUUAAAAAUGUUGAUCCCUUGACGUACAUUGAAAUGUGCCUUAGAGGUGAAAUGAGUAGUGAACGAGCUGAAUGGAAUACAAGUGAUUUAAUGGCUCGUUUGGCAUGGAUUAAUUGGGAAAAUUUAGGUGUCAAUCCAAAUAGAAGAUCAGCCCUAACAACUCUAACUCUGACAACUGAAAAUUUAAAUUAAAUAAAUAUUAUUAAUAAUAAUGUCUCAAAUUUACGUUGUAAAUAUUCACAUCUUGAUGCCAAAAAAAAAAUAUAUAGUAAUAUAAAUUAUAAUUUAAUUUAAAAAAAAAUUCUAGUCA